AUGGUCAAAGAGCAAGCAUACUACAAGGACGGAGUCCACAAAACGAUUUACGAGAGCCAUGCUUGGCGUACAGUGGAAAAUUCCAUGCAAUUUACUGUGCCGUUGAUCCACCCCAGCUUCAAGAUCUUGGAUGUGGGGUCGGGGCCAGGUACCAUUACGAUCGACUAUGGCAAGUAUGUUCCUGACGGUAGUGUUAUCGGAGUUGAACCAACCUCCGAGCUAAUUGAAGUAGCAAAUAGUAAGAAGGUGGAGGCAGGGAAUCCGCAGAACGUUAGCUUCCAGUUGGGCUCCAUUUAUAAGCUUCCUUUUGAGGAUAACUCCUUCGACCUAGUCGUUGCUCACCAAGUAGUGGUACAUUUGGAGGACCCAGUGGCUGCGUUGAAGGAGCUCAGGCGUGUGACCAAAUCCAAUGGUUACGUUGCAGUCAAGGACGCAGACUUGAAAGCAGGAGUCAUAUAUCCCGAAAGCUACGAGAAAUUCUUUGAUUUGUACAUCCAAGGAAAAUGCAGUGGAGGGAGUUUCACGGAUCCAAUUGCAGGAAGGCGAUUGAAAGAAAAAGCCCUUAAUGCAGGAUACCUUCCAUCUAACCUUGAGUUAUCGAGUUCAGUAUGGACGGUUGCAAAUGCCCAAGAACGGGAAAUGUGGGCAACUAUGUUUUUAAAUAGACUUCGUUAUUCACAGGAACUGUUUUCUCCAGAUGAGAAUAAGAAUAAAGAGCUCAAAAAGUUGGCCAUUGAAAUGUGGGAGAAGUGGGCAAAAGAAGAUUCAGGUUUCUUGAGUUUCAUGAACGUGGAGCUACUUUACAAAAAAUAG